AUUGACGCAUCCCACAAACCAGGGUGCGGCAUCUAUGUAUAUAUAUCUAUGGGCAUAAAGGGCUCACUCACUGACUCACUGACUUGACGAUUUGACAAUGGGACAGCCCUCACACACUCACGCACUUCACAUGAACGCGCCUCUAAGUCAGUGAGUCUGUAAGGGAUCGGAUUGGAAUUGGGCCCAAGAGGCGAAGCUCCGUUGAAUUUUUGCCAACAGCCACUAGGGGCGCUACCGCCAUUUUGGACUGUUGAGCUUGGACUGUUGCGCCCAGACAACAUGCAAGAUGUCAAGGAGAGAGGAGAAAAAAAGUAAAAGAAAACAGUGUAGUGCAAUUAACUGCAACAACUAUCAGUGGAACACCCCGCACCUGGCCUUCCACCGUUUUCCGAAGGAUUCCGACAGGUACUGGCACUUUUCCUGUCUUGAAAGCAAAGAAUAAUCAAGAAAAGGAGAUGGAAAUGAUGAUUGCCCUCCACUUGUCAUCAGCCACUUCUUUAAGACGCUUAGAGAGAGUCUAAAAGAAAGUGAAAAGGAUCCUCUAAAAUUCAGGCAAGACAGUGAAACAAAGAGAAGAACAUCCAAAUCUGUAAGCAUUAUAGAGCAGAGGAAAUGGCUUUCUUGGACAACCCAGCCAUUAUUCUGGCCCACAUCAGACAGUCUCAUGUGACCAGUGAUGAUACAGGAAUGUGUGAGAUGGUACUAAUAGACCAGGAUGUGGAUCUGGAGAAGUCUCAACUGGCUCUGGUGCCUGGCAGCAGCUGUGGGGGGUCAGGCUCCCUGAGCGAGGGGAGUAACAACCUGACAGACAAUCAUGCCUGUGACCUUUCCCAGUCCAUGGACAUCACCUCCAGCUGGGACUUUGGCAUCCGUCGGCGCUCCAACACAGCUCAAAGACUUGAAAGGUUAAGGAAGGAACGGCAGAACCAAAUCAAAUGUAAAAACAUUCAAUGGAAAGAGAGGACAUCCUCCCAAUCAGUUGAGGAUCUGGGGUCUCUGUUUGAGAAACGGGACUUUAAAGACAGGCCUCGGACAACAGGUACCAAAUCCACUCUUUCAUUGCGGCUUGAGCAGUGUCCCCAGCAGCUUAACAACCCCUUCAAUGAAUACUCCAAAUUUGAUGGCAAGGGCCACAUUGGCACAACGGCUACAAAGAAGAUAGACGUCUACCUCUCAAUGCAGAUGGCUCAGGAAAAGCUGCAUCCAAUGACAGUGGUGACCAUUGCCAACGCCCGCGUCCACGACCUUAUUGGCCUCAUCUGUUGGCAAUACACAAGUGAGGGACGAGAACCCAAACUUAAUGAGAAUGUGAACGCUUAUUGCCUCCACAUCGCUGAGGAUGAUGGUGAGGUGGACACAGACUUCCCUCCACUAGACUCCAAUGAGCCAAUCCACAAGUUUGGUUUCAGUACUCUGGCCCUGGUGGAGAAAUACUCCUCACCUGGCCUAGCUUCCAGACAGUCACUGUUUGUCAGAAUAAAUGCUGCUCAUGGUUUCUCUUUAAUCCCUGUGGACAGUCUGAAGGUAACCAUGAAGGAAAUUCUCCAGAAAGCACUCAAGAAGAGGAAAGGCUCACAGAAGGGCUCAGGACCCAUGUACCGUCUGGAGAAGCAAACUGAGCCAAAUGUGGCAGUUGACCUGGACUCGACACUGGAGAGCCAGAGCACCCUGGAGUUUUGCCUGGUCAGAGAAAACAGCUCCAGGGGCGAGGAGAGCUCUGAGGAAGACCCUCCCAUUGACAUCACCACAGUUCAAGACAUGUUGAGCAGUCACCACUAUAAGUCCUUUAAGAUCAGCAUGAUCCACAAGCUGCGCUUCACCACAGAUGUCCAGCUAGGCAUUUCAGGUGAGAAAGUGGAGAUUGAUCCUGUCACCAGUCAGAAGGCCAGUACUAAGUUCUGGAUUCGGCAGAAACCCAUCUCUAUUGACUCAGACCAUCUUUGUGCCUGUGACCUUGUAGAGGAAAGAAGCCCCAGUCAUGCAAUAUUUAAGCUCACUUAUCUCAGCAACCAUGACUACAAGCCUCUCUACUUUGAGUCUGAUGCUGCUACUGUAAAUGAAAUAGUGCUAAAGGUGAACUAUAUCCUGGAGUCUCGGGCCAGCACCUCCCGGGCUGAUUACUUUGCCCAGAAGCAACGGAAACUGAGCCGUCGGACCAGCUUCAGUUUUCAGAAGGAGAAGAAGACUGGCCAAUAGACAGACCUAAGCUGCUCAGCCACCUGUCUAUCUGUAUAUGCACAGAUGGAUCUACACACAUACUCAUAAACAGACAACAUUAGUCUAAACAUAAGAGGAGACUGAUGGGAAAGUCAAGUCAGAGAAGACGGAAAGGAAACAGCAGGUAGACGUGUGUCUGCUUCAGUUGAACAAGGUGAAUGCCUCUGAAACUCCAUGGGCAGUGAGAGUCUGCGAGCAAAAGCAAACUAAAUGUUCUUUUUCUACUAAAAGAAAAAGUCUUUGAAGAAUUGUGGGACAGAAUUUUGGCUGCCGUCAGUUGAUGUUUGUUCAUCUCUGAAUAGAAGCGCCGUCCUCCAGGAUGGAUUUGUACAGCUUCAAUAAGUUGGUUAUGUACACCCAACAAACAAAACAAAGCUACAUGCUACAUCUUUGCUCCUGGCCUCAGUUUUUACCAGAUUUGACAUAACAACACGGACAUUUUUAUUCAAUUUUAAUUAAUUUUAUUUGUCAGUCUAUACAAUUCUCUGACAAAAUGGCAGUUGAAAUGUAGCUUCCACUUAUCCCUCUUUUUACUCACCACACACAUGCAACUAAGGACAGGCUGUAGUACAGAGCUCGUACAGCAGUUGAGGGGUUCAGUGCCUUGCCCAGGAGCACAUCAGCAGUGCCCAGGAGGUUAUCUAUUACCUCUCCAGCUGCUGGUCCACACUCCAUACUUGAUCUGUAAGGGGGAUCUGAAACGGUGUCCCUCUGGUUCCUAAGCCAAGUCAGCCAAUGAACUGAACUACUGCUGCCCUCCCAAAACAUUUACAUUUUUAAUGUACUAUACAUGAAAAUUUAUAUUCAGGAAAUGAAAUGAUGAUACAGAAAUGAAAUCACCCAGGCUGGAUUUUAAAUUCAGACCAAUACUCUUCUGGCUUGAAUCCGGAUAACAAAUCAUUGACAUUAUCUACCCCCAGUUAUAGGCCAGUUUAUUAAGUCCACCUAGCUUAAACUAAAUCCCUGUAUUACGUUGUGCUGACAGGUGUUUGUUAUUUAGUCUACCCUUGUUUAUGGAAAUGUGAUGGACAAAAUAAGAGAAACACCACUAUAUAUAUCAACACCUCACAGUCAACAAAAACUGAACAUUCUACCCUUCAUGAAGGGAAAAAAAAAAGUUGUAUCAGACUGCAUUAGUUUUAGCUUGGUGGACCUGCUUAACUGGCAGCUGAGUGCAUUAACAGUGUUCAGUGUGAUUCAGAAGGGUGUGACCAUGGCACAUUGUUAGGAUUUUUAACAAAAUGACACUGCAUAUGAAAGCUUUAUUAAGCUUUUUAAAGGGACAGCAGCAGCAACAAGCUAUCCCUUCUGUGUGACUCUGAGUUUGGGUUUAAACCAUACCACCAUUUUGAAGCCACAGAAUUCACUUUCGGGCACUGUUGUAGAGCUGACGUUCAUCAAGCAAGUACCAUAGCUAAAUGCAGUAGAUGGAGAUACCUGUCAAUAAAGCCAAUGUACCCACAAA